UGGAGCAUGAAAUUUUUUCUCACCUUUUUCUCGCCUGGGUUGUGCAUGAUUCUUUUAGGUGGGCAAUAGCUUGCACUAUAAAAUUUUUAAAGUCAAACACAGGACCUAAAUAGUAGAAAGCACUUGUUACAUUUUUUUUUUUCCCCAUGGCUCUCCUGACACGAGUUUUUUGCAGUCACUUUUGCUGUGGCGGAAUUUUUUUCGGAAACUGCCCACCCACCCUCCUCAAAACAUAAUGGUCUGUCCCUUAUUAUAAGUUAUUUGAACUAAGGUCAAUGCAAACAGACUGGUUAAUUGUUCUGGUGUUAUGAAAAACUGACUUCCUUAUUCUUUAAUGAAGAUAGUUCCAUUGAAUCUCUUCUUCAAAAACCUUGCAACUCAGGGUAUCUUUUUUAUGAGUUUUUUCAAUGGGUACAGCACCAAAGGGUAUGGUUUUUGAAUGAGUUUAGCCUGACAUGAGGUAUACUAUUUUGACAAAUAUUUUGUUUCCUUUAUGUGGUAACAUCAUUUUAAUAUUGUAUGUCGAACUGUUGCUAUCUAUGAUUUCAGACCACUCUGGCUCACAUUAUAGCCAACUCUGCCAAAGCCAGUAACAAAGCUCGAUUUGUACCGCUGUCAGCGACCACAAGUGGCAUAAGUGAUAUCAAGGAGGUAGUGAAAGUGGCAAGAAAUGAACUACAAAUGUUUAAACGCAAAACAAUUUUGUUUGUGGAUGAGAUACACAGAUUCAAUAAACUUCAACAGGACACCUUUCUUCCACAUGUUGAAAAUGGAACAAUUACAUUGAUAGGAGCAACUACAGAGAACCCGUCUUUCCAGCUUAACAAUGCUCUGUUGAGCCGCUGUAGAGUCAUAGUGCUUGAGAAACUUACAGUGGAUCAUGUUGAGCAAAUCCUGCGAAAUGCCAUGCACAGUAUGGGAGUGUUAGUUGGUAAAGGGGAUUCCCUAGAUAAGAGGCAGAGAAAUCUUGCACCUAAGGACAGUGAUCAUCUUGUUGUCAUUGAAGAGAAAGCUAUUACAACUUUAGCAAACCUGUGUGACGGCGAUGCCAGGAUUGCUCUGAAUGGUCUUCAGCUUGCGAUACAAUCACAAGUAGCUGCAGUGAAACAGAAAACAAAGGGACACGACAAUGAACUUAACGGCCCAUCUUCAUUGCAACAAAAUGGAGAAUGUAACCUACUAGACUUCAGCUCUGCUGAUACUCAAGGAUGUGACGAGAAACAGAUUGUUUGCGUCAAUGUGUCGCAUAUUAAAGAAGGCCUUCAAAAAACACACUUGCUUUACGAUAGAAAUGGUGAAGAACAUUACAACAUUAUUUCUGCACUACACAAGUCAAUAAGAGGGAGUGAUGAGAAUGCUGCUCUGUACUGGCUUGCCAGAAUGCUUGUAGGAGGAGAAGACCCACUCUAUGUAGCUCGUAGGCUGGUGCGAUUUGCCAGUGAGGAUAUUGGCUUGGCAGAUCCACAGGCCUUGAACCAAGCUGUCGCAGCUUACCAAGCUUGCCAUUUUAUCGGAAUGCCAGAGUGUGAUGUGAUCCUCGCCCAAGCUGUAGUCUACCUUGCCAGAGCUCCAAAGUCCAUUGAGAUAUAUAAUGCAUACAGUGAGGCUAAGAAGUAUGUGAGUGGCUGGGAGGGUCCUCAGCCAGCAGUGCCCUUACAUAUCAGGAAUGCUCCAACUAAGCUGAUGAAAAGUUUAGGAUAUGGUGCGGGGUACAAGUACAAUCCUGCAUUUGACGAACCUGUUGAUCAGACGUAUCUGCCUCCAGAAGUACAGGGCGUUGACUUUUUUUCUUGGAGCAGGAACAAGUCCAGUAAAAAAGACUUGUAGAAACUUGCUAUGCUCUUGUCAUAUCAAACAAAAACGUUGUCAUUAAUUAUUCUUAAAUUCACAGUCUUUAGAUCUUUGUAGGACAAGUAUAAACAUGCUAAAGAAAAGGUCCAUUUAUAGAGCAACAAUCAAUAAGAGAGUAAACUUGUGUUUAAUAGUCUUUUCAAUUAAUUGAUAAGAACAUAACAAUAGAGAAGUUAAAAAAAUUAAAUAGUAUUUUAUCAAGUAAUUUUAAGAUAUAAAAGUCUGAAAUGAAUUGCUUGUUAAUUUUGUAAUGAUGUUUUGUUAUCAUAGGGUGCAUUCCUUUGGGAUGAUCUGGAUCAGGAUCAG